GUGAUGGGUGUGCACUCAUCACCCUUCGACACGGCGCUGGCUCCGCCGCGGCCAGCAGCCGCCGUAGUCGGGCCGGCGGUCGUGCCGACGGUCUGCUGACGUCAUCAGCAGCCAGCGAACUGCCCGGCUUAUCGCCCGACUUCCCGCAACCAGACGCGUUGGACCGCGACGUCCCGGACGGCGCCGCAGUCCGCCGACUCCCGCCGACGCGGCGUCCCGAGUAGCCGGAGACGCCCACUGCAGCGACGCGUAAACCAGGAACCGGUCCGUUCACCGAGGAGAGCGGCCGCCGAGGGCGACAGGUGGUGUGGGUCUUUUCUGAGAGCCUCUGCAGCCUGCCCCAGAUGGUGCACGUGACGCUGUACCACAUGAACACAGCGUAUGACCUGCAGCUGGUGGACACGGCCGGUGGCACGGCGCAGCUGCGCUCGCGCCUCACCGCCUACUCUGCCUACCGGGACGCCGGCGUAGUGGUGCUGUGUGCUGACCUAACUGAGCCGGCCGCCUGGCCGCGUCUCGAGGCCGACUGGCGCGUCGAGCUGGAGCAGUACGCUUCGCGCGCGCCGUUCCUGCUGGUCGGCACCAAGGCCGAGGCGCGCGACGCCAUCCAGGCGAGCGCCGCCGCGUUCGGCCACCAGCCGGCCGACUUCUGGGGCCUGGACGCCGCCGGUGGGCGGAUCUAA